GCUAUACUAAACCCUCAUAUUUUUCCAAAACCCAGGUAUAUUAACUCCGCCGUCGCAACUACGAACUGCAAUUACAACGGGGAAAAAAUGGAGAAAACCAAAAAGAAGAAGAAAAACCCAACACCAGAAGUACAAUUUCGUUUAAACCUAGACAAUUGUUCAAAAACCAAAGAUCUUUCAACUGCAAUCUCCUUAUACGAAUCUUCUCUUUCAACAAUCAAAUUUUCCAAUAACCAUUUCAACUCUUUUCUUUACAUCUGUUCCAAUGCUGUUUCAAACCAACAAACCAAAAACGCCGCUAUUGAAUUUGGGUUUAGAAUAUUUGAACAUAUGGGUACGUGUAAUAUAAGUCCUAAUGAAGCAACUGUAACAGCUGUUGCUAGAUUGGCUGCUGCAAUUGAUGAUGGUGAUAAAGCAUUUGAGUUAGCUAAAGGGGUUGGUAAUUGUGGGAAGUUAAGGACUUAUGGGCCUGCUUUGUUUUGUUUUGUUAAGAUGGGUGAAGCUGAUAAGGCUUAUCAAGUUGAAGAACAUAUGAGGUCUAUUGGGUUGCAACUUGAGGAACCUGAGCUUGUUGGGUUGUUAAAGGUGAGUGUGGAGAAAGAAAGGGAAGAGAAGGUCUAUCAGUAUUUACAUAAACUGAGAAUGUCAAUCAGGAGCGUAAGUGAGUCGGCAGCAGAAAUCAUACAGGGUUGGUUUGGAGGGGAAGUGGCAACUAAGGUGGGGUUAUCCAACUGGGACAUGGUUCACGUGAAAGAAGCAAUUUUACAAAAUGGAGGAGGUUGGCAUGGUCUUGGAUGGCUUGGAAAGGGUAAAUGGCUUGUACAGAGGUCCCAAAUAGCUCCAGAUGGGAGAUGUCUAACUUGUGGGCAACAGUUGGUUUGUGUUGAUAUUGACAGAGCAGAGACAGAAAGAUUUGCAGAGUCAGUUGCUUCUUUGGCUAUGGAAAGGGAAGUCCAUUCCAAUUUUAAGGAAUUUCAGGACUGGUUGGAAAAGCAUUCAGAUUAUGAGGCUGUAGUGGAUGCAGCAAAUGUUGGGCUCUUCCAGCAGAACUUUGCUGAGGGUGGAUUUAGUAUUCCACAGCUUGUUGCUGUUGUGAAAGAAUUGCAUAGCAGGAGCAACAAGUGGCCACUGGUUAUAUUACAUAAUAAGCGUGUUCGUGCACUUUUUGAGGAUGCUGGCUAUAGAGAGUCUCUUGAAGAGUGGAUAAAUGAAAAAAUACUAUACGGAACACCCUUUGGAUCCAAUGAUGACUGGUACUGGCUUUAUGCUGCAGUGAAACGUAAGUGUUUGCUCGUGACAAAUGAUGAAAUGAGAGAUCACAUCUUUGAGCUCCUGGGUAGUAGCUUUUUUGCCAGAUGGAAAGAAAGACAUCAGAUCAAGUACACUUUGGUUAAAGGGGAGAUUAAGCUUCUGAUGCCACCCACAUAUUCUGUUGUCAUUCAGGAAUCCGAGAAUGGGUCGUGGCAUGUGCCUCUGGCAGGUGAGGCCGUUGAGGAGUCAUCAAGAACAUGGCUCUGCAUCACCAGACAAGCUUCAUGUGAAUCCAACAAUAAACAACAUGCAAGUGUAGAAGCUUCUCAAGUUAGUGAACUUCCACACAGUGAUCAAAUUGCAGACUCUUGCCGUUCAGAUAGUUUUACAAGUCUGAAUGGCUUAAAUAGAUGUUCUGGUUUGGCUGGUAAGAGGAAAGAGAGGUCCCCGUCUCCAUCUCACUCCAGUCUACAAUCUUGAAAAUUUGAAGGUGAUACCCUUUCAGAGCUAACUUGUUUAUUCUUAUUUUUAAAUCUAAUGAAUUGGGGGAGUUUUACUGGUGCGAAUAUUCCUCAAACAUUAAGAUUUGCAGUAUUGCAUAAUCCCUUUAUUGGAUCCAGUUGCUGGUCAUACUGUUGUUCUAAUUAAACUUAUUUGAGAUGUCAAAGGUGAAACAUUAGCUAUAUAAUUCAUUGGCUGAAGAAUACAUAUAUUCAUCAGGA